CCACAAAUCAACUCUGACAAGUCAGAAUGCCACAGCACAUUCGCCGACCUUGGGUGGCACACUGACACUGGCUCUGGUGACUGUGUUUACAGAUACGAAAGAGCACUACAGAAGUGGUGCUUGGUCUUGUGUGUGUGUGUAUGUGUAUGUACUGACCUAUUUGUGGCUGCAGGAGUCGAUUUGAAGCUCCUGGCCCCGCCUCUUUACUGGUCGCUACUACCUAUUUGUUCCACUUCUAUCAACAGGAUGAGGUGGCGACGCAUGGUGAAGCGGGUGCUGGUGGCUCUGCUCUUCCUGUGCAUGACCAUCAAGAUCCACCUGGAGCUGUGGAUGCUGGACUCCAACAAGAGCAGUGGGUCGUUCUCCCCGUGGUGGAGCAACCAGACUCGGGUUCACCUCAGAGCCUUCGCUGAGCUCACACGCUCUAACGAAGCUCUUGAGCCAACUCUUCAGGGAGUGGAGACGCAGGUGAAGCUCUCCAACUCACGUAUUCUGGAAGUGUAGCUCUCCAACGCACGUACUCUGGAAGUGAAGCUCUCCAACACACGUACUCUAGAAGUAUAAACAGUUUACAAAACACAUCAUUGAACAAUGCCACUUUACCUAGAAAUAAUUUAACCGUUUCCAGAAAUAAUACAAUAAAUAAUAUAAUAAACAGAAGCCUAAAUCUAGAAAAUGUUAGCUCUUCUUUCGCGAAUUAUAAAAACAUUUCUAAUGCAAAAUUUGAGAUUUUGAAACAAAUAUUGAAACAAGUACAGCAAUUAGUUAACAACUCACUGAAUGGCAAGUACAAUGGUAGUGCAGCAACACUGAACAAUUGCUCAGCAGUGAAUGAGAGUCCAAGUGAAGAAAAUAGGAACAACGUGACUGUUGGUGCUCGCCGAGGCAUGGCUGCAAACAUGUUGAUUAAAAGAAACAUAUUUGCCAAGCUCGGUAUAUGGGACAGCAAAAAUGAAACAAAAAUUGAUUACGUGAACACAGAUUUUACUGAGAUUAGUUCCCAACACACCAAUGACAGAGUUAGUGCACAUAAUGAGAUAAGUGACAAGGAAGCAGGAUCUGUGAGCUCUAAGCCGACCUCACCAUCAAAAAACAUAAAUGCUGUGAAAGAAAAGGCCCUUCCGCCAACAAAGAAUCAUGUAUUUAAAACGCCCUCCAUCAUAGCACCUAAUAAAGGAUUGUCUCAUGAAGUAGAUGCCACAGAGGUAUCGCUCGCCAAGGAUGCCAUUGUGAUGAUAAAGAAGCAGGUGGCCCUUGCGAAUGAAGAACAGAAGGUGUACAACGAGGAACGCUACGGCGCCGUCAGCAGCAACACUACCAUCCUGCUGGUGCAGGUACACAACCGCCUGGAGAACCUGAGGUACCUGGUGGAGAGCAUGAAGAAGGUACGAGGCAUCGAGGAGACGCUAGUGAUCUUCAGCCACGACUUCUGGGACGCCGCCAUCAACGACUUCGUCAGGAACAUCAGCACCUUCCGGGUGAUGCAGAUCUUCUUCCCCUUCUCCAUACAGUUGCACCCGUUCUCCUAUCCUGGGAGAGACCCGCGAGAUUGCUCCUGGAAUGUGCCCAGAGUCGAGGAAAUGCAGUGUCUGAACCACAGGUGGCCGGAUACUUACGGGCACUACAGGGAAGCUUCCUUCACACAGAUUAAACAUCAUUGGUGGUGGAAGAUACACAGAGUGUUCGAGGGCGUGAACGUGACGCGGGUCAACUACACUGGUACCGUGGUCUUCCUGGAGGAGGAUCACUAUCUGCUACCAGACCUCCUGCAUGUGCUGCGCCUCCUGCAGCAGCACAGAGCCUCCUCCUGCUCCAGCUGCCAGGUCCUCACACUCGGCAACUACAAUAAGCUGGGCCUUAGCGUUUACAGGAAUUUUAUAGAGCGAGGAGACUGGUGGGUGACCAAACAUAACCUCGGCUUCGCGCUGGACGCGGCCGCCUGGAACACCUUGAGCAAGUGCAAGAAGUUCUUUUGUACCUUUGAUGAUUACAACUGGGACUGGACGCUCAAUAAUGUCGUCCAGACGUGUGCCUCACCCAGGAUGUCCAUGCUGUCUGCCAGACUCACCAGGGUGAUGCACGUGGGCAGCUGGGAUCGAGUCACCUCCUGGCCCCGCCUCUUCACUGGUCCCUGCUCCAUGAGCUUUAUCGUAUCUCUUCUUAAAGCAAUGUGUGGAUCCUGCCUCCACUACAUCGCUCUCCAGACUAUUCCACUUCCUGACAACUCUGUGACUGAAGAAGCACAUCCAGACAUUCUUAUUACUCAUCUGAGUUUUCAACCUUGUUGUGUCACGUCUCUGAAACAUUCUGUCCUUAUCCAUCUCGUCAAUUCCUCUCAGAAUUUUACAGGUUAUUAUCAUGUUAUCCCCCCCCCCAUCCCUCCUGUCCUCCAGUGUUGUCAGGUUGAGUUCCCUGAACCUCUCUUCGUAGGACAAACUCCUCAGUUCCGAGACUAAUCUUGAUGCAAACCUUUACACUUUCUCUAAUUUCUUGACGUGUUUGACCAGGUGUGAAUUCUAUACUGGUGCUGCAUACUCCAAUAUUGGCCUGACGUACACGGUGUACAGUGUCGUGAAUGACUUCUUACUUAGAUGUCGAAAUGCUCUUCUCAGGUUUGCCAGGCGCCCGCAUGCUGCAGCAGUUAUUUGGUUGAUAUGCGCCUCAGGAGAUAUGCUCGGUAUGAUGCUCACCCCAAGAUCCUUUUCCAUGAGUGAGUUUUGCAGCUUCUGACUUCUUAGCUUGUACUCCGUAGAGUCCUUGCAUUGCAUAGAGUUGUUUCUUUUUCAGGGUGUCAAGGAGUACAUUUAAGGCAAUAAUAUCUUGUUGUACGUGUAAAUCUGCCAUUUUAACUCUGUCUGUCCUCCUGGUGCCCGUAAUAAAGCGAAGAGCUCUAAUCUGGACCCGUUGCAACCGUAGCAUGUUGGUCUUUGUUGUUAACGACAUUGGGACACAUGGGUAUUCGAGUAUAGGUCUUAUUAUCAUUUUAUACAGAUGUUUUUUGACAUGUGGAGGAGCUUGAUUAAAUCUAAAGAGACUGCUAAGACCGGCUUUGGCUAUGUUGAUCUUUUUAUUUACAUGAGAUGUUGAGUGGAGCAGCCUGUCUAUUUCAUAUCCCAAGAUCUUGUUAGGGUUCCUAAUGGCUACAGGUGUACCUCUGAUGGAGAUACCCUCUUAUCUUCGAUGGUUGAUGCAAAACAUCCUAUCGUGCUAACAAGGACUCUGUCAGGGUUAGUCGUAAUUCUCCAUUUCUUUUCCCAAUUAGAUGUUCGACGAAGUUCAAUAUUAAUUUUUUCUAUGACUCUCUCAUACUUGUAUUUUCCUGUUACCGGAGUUGAUGAGAUGACAUGGAUAACAUCAUCUGCAAAUUGCGUUAUAAUUGUAUCAUUAAACUCUGGUUGAGGAAGGUCAUUCACAUAAAUGUUGAAUAGAACUGAACUAAGACAAGAACCUUGUGGGACACCAGCUGUUGGUAUAAAAGGC